CUGCCACUCCCUCUGAUAUCACCGAUAUCAAUUCCUCUGAUCUCCUAUCGCCACACCGCUUAUGUGGAUAUAUACCCGGCCAGCUUCUUCAUCGCUAUUAGAUAAACAGAUCACAUCUGCUAUUGAAUCACGUUCGUCGAUGUACAACAGAAAGACGCAAAGUGCCAAAGAUCUUCCAUCGGUUCAGUAGUGAAGUCUCCAGAUUGAGCUUGUAUUUACAUGUUAUUGAUCAAGAUUUAGUGACAUUGUUGAUUUACCAAAUGGUAUCAAUGAGCUGAAGUGAAAUGUCUUCUUGUUGUGUACAACUGCAUUAAUAUGUCUAGUAAUCUUAUGUCGGAAAUGCAAAUGGUUGGAAAUAUGCCAAAUAAUACAAUGCAUGAUUUUCCUGGAUCCAGUGGCCCUGUGAACCCAGCUGAGUGUGUUGACUCCUUGGUUUCUGUAAACCAGUUGGGUCAAACAGAGUACAAAACAGGUGUGGUUCAAUCAAGCUCAUCAAUUAUCAGUUCUGUCCCCCAGCAAUCCUUGUCAUCUGAUAGGGUAUUUAGAGGUGUGUCCACUAAUGUUGGCGUUGAGCAGAAAUUAUCUGUACCGAGCAAGCGAAAGGCUGAUGGGGAACCUCAACUUCAUGUUUCCUCCCCUCGGCAGUUGUCAUCAUCAUCAACCAGACGUGCUGGUGGGCCUCAGCGACCAAAUUUACAACCCAAAGCCAGCCCCACAUCAACACAAACUCUUCCUCCACCAAACAGAAAAGCCAUGCGAAAUGAGCCCCUUUCUAGUAAAGCUGGGCUCCAGCGACAGGGACCAAAAGGGAGGGCUGUACAAGCAGACACAGUGGCUAAGAACCACACCGACUCGUCCGAAGCUGUUAGAUCGAAGAUGAGGGAAUCACUUGCAGGUGCACUUGCUUUGGUAUGCCAACGUAAAAAUGAAUCUACAUCAAAUGAGGCUAAGGAUGAGAGUGAGAGUAAACAAGGAAAACAACAACCAUCAGAGGAAGUGAAUACAGCUGGGUUUCCUGAGUUGGCAGUGGAAGAUAUACCUUUUAGUGAUAGUUUCUUUGUCAAAGACGAUCUUUUGCAGGGAAAUGGCCUCACUUGGGUUAUGGAUCUUGAUAUGGGGGAGGAGGUGAAGGAAACAAACGAAUUACCUCUCGUUCAAAAUGAUGUAUCUUGUCCGGAAGAUUUGGCUUCUGAAAUCGAAUCAGAACUGUUUAAAUUAUUCCGAGGUGUGAAUAAGAAAUACAAAGAGAAGGGUCGAUCUCUUCUGUUUAAUCUAAAAGACCCAAAUAAUCCAGAACUCAGAGAAAGGGUUAUGUCAGGUGAGAUUCUCCCAGAAAGAUUAUGCUCCAUGACUGCAGAGGAACUUGCUUCGAAAGAACUUUCGGAGUGGAGGACAGCAAAAGCUGAAGAACUUGCUCAAAUGGUUGUUUUACCAGAUAGUGAUGGUGACAUGAGACGUUUGGUUAAGAAAACACACAAAGGAGAAUACCAAGUGGUGUUUCAAAGUGACUAUGAAGAUGUGAAUAUUGCCGCUGAGAUAUCUGCUGGUGCAACCACACCGAUUACCACACAAUUUCAACAAAAUCCCAAAAGUAGUGAAAAGAAACAGGAUUUAUCCCACAGCUUGGUUAUUCAGACUGAUGAGGCCGAUUUGAUGCAAGGAAUGAUGGUAGAUGAGUUCAAGGAAGCAGAUUUUCUCUCACCCAUUGUGACACUUGAUGAAUUUAUGGAGUCCCUUGACUCUGAACCUCCAUUUGAGAACUUGCCUGUAGAUGCCACUUCUGGAACUCCUCCAUCUGUUGAAUCAACAUUGGAAGGAUCUUCUAACAAUACUUCUUUUGAAGGCAAGACUGGUGAAGUGAUCCGAAAAAAAGUUGGGCUAGUUGGCAAACUGGUUGGUCCAGAGGCAGAUGUGAAGUCCAUUUCACAUCUUAAUGCAAAAAAAGAAUCUCCGUGCGGGAAUGCAUCUGCUGUCCAAUCUGUCUGGGAGGGGGAACUUCAACUGAGCAUUUCAAUUUCAGUUGCGGUUAUGUGUUAUUUUAGAAGUGGAGAAACAACAUCAACAAAGGAGUGGACAAAUUCCCUUGAAGUAAAGGGUAGAGUUAGGCUUGAUGCGUUUGAAAAAUUCCUCCUGCAGCUCCCCAUGUCACGGAGUCGUGCAGUCAUGGUCGUCCAAUUUGUGCUGAAGGAUAAGUCAUCCGAGGAUGGACGGAAAAGUCUUUCAGAGGUGGUAGAUUCAUAUGUCUCCGAUGACAGGUUGGGAUUUGCCGAGCCAGCUCCUGGAGUGGAGCUUUACCUUUGUCCACCCCAAGGUCGCGUACUGGAUAUUCUUACCAAACAUGUGUCUAAGGAAGAAAGCUCCAGGCUGCAAGAAUCUUCCGAUAAUGGCCUUGUAGGUGUUGUUGUAUGGAGAAAACAUCACCACCACCACCAUCAAAUAACUUCCACAAUUUCAACGGAAGACCAUAAACAACAUGUCUUCCAAAAACAACAGCCAUCCAUCAUGUCGCCCACUAGUAGGAGACCACAUGAAAAAGAGGCCGUCAAUGUUAACAACGUUAAUUUAUUGCCUGAAGUAUCUUUGAAACCUACUACUAGUACUACCCCAUUAUUGCCACAAGGUGGUGAUGAUGAUGAUGAUGAUGAUGACGACAUCCCGCCUGGGUUUGGGCCGCCCAAGGGCAGUUCUCGUGAUGAUGAUGAUUUACCGGAGUUUAAUUUCUCUGGCAACAUCAAGAACUUAUCGCCCUUGACUAGACAACCCCACCCACAGCCCCCUACUCACGCACACCUACCCCUACCUGAUCAAAUGAGACAACUUGUACAAAAGUAUGGCCAAACUGAUAAUAAUAACAGAGUAGUGCCUGGUGGUUUUGGAAUUGAACCAUGGAAUGAUGAUGAUGAUGACAUCCCAGAGUGGCAGCCGGGCCCACGGCUGCCUCCUAAUUCUCAGCCACCAGGACCCACACAAGGAAUUGGUGUUGGGUUUCACCAACGCCCCUCAUUGGGUCACCCAAGAAUGCAAAACCCGCAACAUGUUACAAAUUUAUCACCAAGGUGGCACCCUCAAGCACAUUCUGGGACCUUAAGAAAUCAGCAACAAGCAGGGCAGUAUUUUGGUUCACCGGUAGUGCAACCCGGGCAACCUCCUGGUGGGGAUUACAGAAGGGAUAGUGGCUCCAAUAGGCGUUUUUGAUUGAAACAAAAGUUGAUGUAAAAAGUAGCCUUGCUAUAUUGUUCUGUUUGGCAGCUAAGAACUUAAAUACUUUUAGAUAAACAAGAUAGAUACUAGGUUUUGCGGUUGGUAGUUUAGCUUCUUUACAUCCAAAAAUAAAUUAUAUCGUCUGCGUGUUAAUGUGGACAUACUGAUAACUGAUGUGACGAUGAUAAAGAAAGACAACUCUUAACGAAGUGUUGUACUUGGAAUUUAUGAGUCAAGUCACUAACUGUUCGCUUUUAUUUUAUUGAGUCCGUAUUCUCUAUUUCUCUGUUCAUCACAAUUGCUUGUCAUCUUUU